AUGUUUAUUCUCUCACAACUACUGGAUUUGAUCCGUAUUCCACCACAUCUCUUUCAUCUCCCCGUGCACCACGUUCUACGGGACGAAUUGCACCAGAAAUACGCCAACAAGGUAAUCACAAACUUGGGGCUUGCAGUGGCCGUAUGGGACAUUCUGGACAUAAAAGAUGGUCUUCUUAAGCCAGGAGACGGAGGCUCCUAUGUGGAGGUGACCUUCAGAUUGGUGGUUUGGAAGCCGUUUGUUGGCGAGAUACUCACAGGUUGGGUGACAGACUGCUCUGCAGAAGGAAUCAAGGUACACAUGAAGUUUUUCAACGAGAUUUUCAUUCCAAAGGCAUACCUUUUUGAAGCCUGCAUUUUCAAGCCAGUGGAAAAGGCCUGGGUUUGGAAGCCAGAUGAGGAUACCGAGUUGUUCAUCGAUCUCAAUGAAAAGAUCCGUUUCCGCGUAGAGGAGGAGGUGUUUGUAAGCGUCAAGCCAAAAUCUAGCACCGAGGCUUUGGGUCUCGACGAGUCUGUUUCUAAAGCUCCACCAUAUGCCUUGGUGGCCUCUUGUCAAACUGAUGGUAUGGGCUGUGUGUCAUGGUGGGAUUAA